GGCCCGUCAGGCGCUGCGGUAGGCGCCCUGGGGGCUGGCAGGACCCUGGCCCCAAGAUGGCGGCGCCCAGCGCAGUGGCCGUUGCUACCUCCGGCGAGAGCGAUGGAGGGGGCAGCGGCUUUGAAUCGUGGCUAGACGGACGGUUGGAGGCGCUGGGAGUGGACCGAGCCGUUUACGGUGCCUACAUCCUGGGUGUCCUUCAGGAGGAGGAGGAAGAGGAGAAGCUGGACGCUCUGCAGGGUAUCCUCUCUGCUUUCCUGGAAGAAGAUUCCCUUCUUAACAUCUGCAAGGAGAUUGUGGAGCGAUGGUCGGAAACUCAGAAUGUUGUCACCAAAGUGAAAAAAGAAGAUGAGGUCCAGGCCAUUGCCACCCUCAUUGAGAAGCAGGCGCAGAUUGUGGUGAAGCCCAGGAUGGUGUCAGAAGAGGAGAAGCAGAGGAAAGCUGCGCUCCUGGCGCAAUAUGCUGACGUGACAGACGAAGAGGAUGAAGCAGAUGAGAAGGAUGAUUCAGGUGCCACCAUGAUGAGCAUUGGUUCUGAGAAAUCUCUGUUUCGAAACACCAACUUGGAAGAUGUCCUUAAUGCCCGAAAACUGGAGCGAGACUCUCUUCGGGAUGAGUCCCAAAGGAAGAAGGAACAGGACAAGCUGCAGAGGGAGAGGGACAAGCUAGCCAAGCAGGAGCGCAAGGAAAAGGAAAAGAAAAGGACUCAAAGAGGAGAGCGAAAGCGAUAACCUUGGUCCACUCUAUUUUCUCCUCAUGAACUUGGUCAAAGGGAGAACUGGUUGUGCACUUGUGUAUUUAAGAGAAAUGAGAAAACAUUGCAAAACUGGUUUCCCAAGGCAUUUCCCCUUUUGUUUACAUGGUCAAAAGGAAAAUCACAAACAUUUCUAAUUACAAAAUGUGCCAUGUCUCUGUGAUGUGGGUAAGCAGAUUAUUGUAGUUGAUGUCUGUACCAAAGAUCUGGAAUGGGGGCAACCUUUACAUUUUAAUACUGAAGUCCUGUACUCCUUUUGGCCACUUUAAAAAGUCUUCCCUCACCUGGGAUAAAGAGCAGGAAUAUUCAGAAAGCUGACAGUUUUUGUCCUGAAGGAGCAGAAUCAUGAUUACUCCUUCCCUGAGAUGAAAUGUAGGAGUGUCAAUUGCUUCAGAAGUAGUAUUCACCCCUAAAUGUAUUGUUUUAUGGCUGAAAUAGGAAGCUGAUGAAGAGCCCUACCUGGAUCCAGACUUUAUGUUACAUGGCAACAAACUAGGAAAAUGAGAAGUUAUUUGGUGGAUGUUCUACAUUUGAGAUUUUUUAAAAGUUUCAGCCUAUGGUAGGAAACAAAGUGUCUUUUAAUAAGAGAUAGUUAUAUAUUUUUCCUCAUCUGGGCCGUGCUUUUUUUUUUUUUUUUUUUGCGAUACGCGGGCCUCUCAGUGUUGUAGCCUCUCCCGUUGCAGAGCACAGGCUCCAGACGCGCAGGCUCAGCGACCAUGGCUCACGGGCCCAGCUGCUCUGCAGCACAUGGGAUCUUCCCAGACCGGGGCACGAACCCAUGUCCCCUGCAUCGGCAGGCGGACUCUCAAACCACUGCGCCACCAGGGAAGCCCUGAGCUCUGACUUUAAGAAGGAUGUGUCAGUAUUGAGUGCAAGGAUAUCAUUGUUAGCUAGAUUCAUUUUUUAUAAUCAUGAAUCCUCUUGAGUGCUAGUAGAGAUUUUAAUCCUGAUCUGCCCUAGAACAUAUAAGGACCUGAUAAUUACAAGUUUAAAGAAACCCUUUUAAGGAAGAAACACUGGAAAUCUCUGCUAACACAAAGAUAUUUAAGAGUGUACAUAGUAGGUGCAACAAAUUUAUUGAAUGAGUGAGUGAAUGGAAAAACUGCUUGGGAGAGUCAAAAGUGGGUAGGAACUCUCCUCCAUGUCUACUUUUGUCACAAGCCACAUUUGGUUGUAAAUAGGCCUUUCCCUACUUCAGGCAGUAGACUGUCAAGAAGCCUGAAGACAGCAAUUCCUCUGUCAAGACAGAAAGUAGAUAUUUUAUACCAGGGGUGGGCAAACAACUGCCAGCAACCAAAUUUUGCCCAGUCUGUUUUUGUAUGGUGCAAGCUAACAAUGGAUUUUAAAUCUUUAAAGGGUUGUAAAAGAAUAUGUGACAGAGACCUUAUGUGACCUUUAAAGCCUAAAAUAUUUACUACCUGGCCCUUCGGAGAAAAUGUUUGCUGACCUCUGUUUUAUACCAUUAACUAUGAGAUUAACAAAUUUUUUUACCUUUCUGCAGAAGGUAAAACGCAUGGUUAAGGAAACGAUGUGUCACCUCUAUACACUCCUAUAACCGUGGCAUUGCAAAAUUUUUUUUACAUAACCACCUUUUAAAAAAAUAAACUAUUUAAAUCAGUCUUCUGAUUUAUUCUGAUUCCUUCCACCUGGAAGUGAGUUCUGUGUGGAUAGUCACUUAGGAAUGGGUUUGAAUUUUACUUACGUUUUGAUUAGCCCAGUUAUCUCUUCUGCUAGUAGAACCUCUUCCUGGAAUCCAUAAACUCUCUGCCUCAGUUUUCCUUUCUAUGAGUUGGAUAUUAGGAGAUCAGAAAGAUUACCUUCUUUUUUGGACAGUCAGUAGAUUGCCUUUGAAGUCUCUGAAGUACUGCCGGAGUCUUAGUUUCAUAUGUAGCUGUGGCUACAGAUAGCAUAUGAGAGAGACUAUUUUAUUUUAUUUUAUUUUAUUUUUAUUAUUAUUUUUUUUUUUGCUGUAUGCGGGCCUCUCACUGCUGUGGCCUCUCCCGUUGCGGAGCACAGGCUCCGGACGCGCAGGCUUAGCGGCCAUGGCUCACGGGCCCAGCCGCUCCGCGGCAUAUGGGAUCUUCCCAGACCGGGACACGAACCUGCGUCCCCUGCAUUGGCAGGCGGACUCUCAACCACUGCGCCACCAGGGAAGCCCGAGAGAGCCUAUUUUAAUUUAAUAACCCAUAUUUUGGAUUUUUGGUUGGUUCUCACCUUGAUUUUGGUCUCUGAAGCAGCGUCAGUUUAUAUCCAUAGACCCCUGAAGGGUUCUAGUUUCAAUCUGUUAUAACAGUAGGCAAUUCUUUCUUCUGGGACUCUAUUACAUAGGUUAUAACUAGUGUACACUUGAACUAAUGCUUAAACAGACAAAAAGGAUCAGCUCAUUAGGCUCUGAGUAAGGUUAUCCACUUAACUCAGGUGCCAAUAAAUCCUUUAUGUCUAAAAUAUUCAAUACCGCAAAAGGCAAACUUGAAACAACCAUAUUUUCUGUGGUAUGAUUGACAUUUUAGGCCAAAUUUGGAAUUUCAGUCAUAACAUUAAUUCCUAACCCUAUAAAACGUUAUAGUACCAGAUUAUUCAUAGGUUGUAAUUCAGAAGUACAGUGCUUAAGAACCAUCAGAGGGUAUACAAUAGAAAGGAAUAACCUACUAACUUGAGUUAUCCAAAGCAUGACUUGAUUAACAGAAUUUCAAAGAAUUUUUGUAUUUGUUUUUUGUUAAUGGACUAGUGUUUAAUUUCUGACCACUGUCAUGUAAAAGUUUCCCCAGAAUUUUUAUUCUGGUUUGCCAGGAUUAGCACAAAGGCAGAACAAAUUUGAAGGAGGUCAGAUUAGAUCUAAGGAUAUCUGAAUGGCAUUGGUUUAUUAUCUACCAACUCUAUUUUAUGUGUUAAUAAUGAAAUUUAAAACUUACCACAAGUUCUUAUCAGUUAAAUGAAAUUUAAUUGGUUUUCUGGCAUGAGUGACUCUUAAUGUUAGAAACUAAUACAGGGACUUCCUUGGUGGUCGAGUGGUAAAGAAUCCAACUUGCAAUGAUGGGGAUGCCGGUUCGAUCCCUGGUCGGGGAACUAAGACCCCACAUGCUGCAGGGCAACUAAGCCAGCUCCCACAACUACUGAGCUCACGCGCCUCAACGAGAGAGCCCGUGUGCUGCAAACUACAGAGCCCACGUGCCCUGGACAGCCUGUGUGCCACAACUAGAGAGUAAAACUCGCAAGCCACAACUAGAGAGAAGCCCACAUGCCGCAACAAAGAGCCGGUGAGCUACAAGGAAAGAUCCUGCAUGCUGCAACUAAGACCCAAUGCAGCCAAAAAAGAAUAAAAGAAAAUAAAUAAAUAUUUUUAAAAAACUAAU